UAUUAACCCCUUUCUCCUCUCUCUCCAAUCUCACAACCUCUUCUUCACUUUCAAUCCAACCCAACACAAAAACAAAGUAACAUAACAUAAUCAUCAAAAACAUCAACAUGGUUAAGAACUUAAGGUUUAUGUUCCUCAUCUCAAUCUUAAUGUUUGUUACAACAACCUUAGCACAAACAACAACACAAACAUGUAAAUCACAAAACUUCACAAACAACGCAAUUUUCACAUCAUGUCGUGAUCUACCACAACUCACCUCGUAUCUCCACUGGACAUACGACCAAACAACAGGAAAACUCGACAUAGCAUUCAGACACAAAGGUAUAACAGACACAAACCGAUGGGUAGCAUGGGCUAUUAACCCAAACAAUGAUCUCGCAUCUUCCAUGAAUGGAGCACAAGCUUUGGUUGCAAUUCUACAAUCUAGUGGAACUCCUAAAGCUUAUACUUCAUCAAUUGCCAAUUCAAGGACACAAUUAGCAGAGAGUAAUAUUAGUUAUCCUCAUUCAGGGUUGAUUGCUACACAUGAAAAUAACGAGGUUACGAUUUAUGCAAGUAUUACUCUUCCUGUUGGAACUCCUUCUUUGGUUCAUCUUUGGCAAGAUGGUGCUAUGUCUGGUUCUACACCUCAAAUGCAUGAUAUGACUAGUGCUAAUACUCAAUCUAAGGAGAGUUUGGAUCUUCGUUCUGGUGCUUCUGAACAAGGAUCAGGUGGUGGUUCUCUUAGUAGAAGAAGAAAUACUCAUGGAGUGCUAAAUGCAAUAAGCUGGGGAAUCUUGAUGCCCUUGGGAGCUGUGAUUGCAAGGUACUUGAAGGUUUUCAAGUCUGCAGACCCUGCUUGGUUUUACCUUCAUGUUACCUGCCAAUCUGCUGCCUAUAUAGUUGGUGUUGCUGGAUGGGGUACUGGUCUCAAGCUCGGUAGUGACUCCGCUGGUGUUACAUAUUCAACUCAUAGAACACUCGGGAUCGUCAUCUUCUGCCUUGGAACCCUUCAGGUUUUUGCUCUGUUGUUGAGGCCAAAGAAAGAUCACAAAAUCAGAUUCUACUGGAACCUUUACCAUUGGGGUGUCGGAUACGCAACUAUCAUCAUCAGCAUCAUCAACAUCUUUAAAGGAUUUGAAGCAUUGGAGGUGUCUGCAGCAGAUCGCUACGAUAACUGGAAGCAUGCAUACACCGGCAUUAUCGCAGCAUUGGGUGGUGUUGCUGUACUUUUGGAAGCUUACACAUGGAUCAUUGUGAUCAAGAGGAAGAAAUCAGAGAACAAGUUGCAAGGAAUGAAUGGAACAAAUGGUAAUGGAUAUGGUUCUAGGGUGUAGGAUACUGAGAUAGAUAUAGAUACUGGAUUUUGGCUUAUGAGUUUUAUGAGUUUUGGUGUUAGACCCUUUUUGUAUAUUUUGUUGCAUGAGUGUUUGUAGUAUACUCUUGGAUUCUGAUUUUUAGAUUAUUCUUUCAUAGCAUAGUGAAAUCGUGGAGUAUGGUUUUCGCCAUGCUAUUAUUCCAAUGGAUACUUUAUAUCAUUUACAUACAUAAUUGUAUUUUUU